AUGGGCUCUAUUGCAAAUAUUGGCGCGGAUCAGUGGCUCGCCGCCGCCAGUUACCGCCGCACCGUUUACCAGCUUAAGGGAACAAGCAGCGCCUCUGAUGAACGUGUCAGGGAGAUUAUUGAAAAGGUCCUCUCUUUCGCUCCAUCCUCAUACAAUACUCAACCCGUUCGUAUCACUUUAGUGACCGGGCCAAAACACAAACAGCUUUGGGAUAGCAUUAUCACGGCUGCCCAACCCGUGCUCAAGAGUAUUAGCGAGGAUGUAUGGAACGCCAUGAGCCCCAGAUUUGAAGGCUUUAAAGGUGCAUAUGGAUCUGUCGUCUUCUGGGAGUCACAAAAUACGAUUAAGGAAUCGGGCGAGACACAUAAGUCGGCCGCACACAUGUUUCCUGAAUUUUCCGACCAUGCCAACGGUAUGCACCAGAUUCUUGUAUGGACCGCUCUAGAGCUAGAAGGACUUGGCGCAAAUUUGCAGCAUCUCAACGCUAUACCACCAGUGGAAGCUGCUAUUAAGAAGUUUCUUGCUGUUCCCGACGAUUACAAGUUAAAGGCUCAUUUGAACUAUGGUGAUGAGGUUGCGGAACACCCUGAGCAACCUCAAAAGCUAUCCUUUAGCGAGACACUGAAAGUAGUUUCUUAA